UCAUACAGAUUGGGCGGCGAAACCCAAAUCUCCCUUAGAUAAUACGCAAAAGGUUUCAUCAAUAACACGUGAACUACGUGUACCCAAUGUCAGCAAUAAACCGCAAGGAAGGAUCGACGCAGAAAAUAAAAUAAUAUCCCGUAUCCGACACGCGGAGACAGAGCUCGGGACCCUUUUGAACGUGAUAGAAUGUCUGCAGCUUGGACAGAGUCAAAUGACGAAGGCAUACUAUAGAUACUCCCGCCAACUCAACCAGGCGGCAAAAAACCUUGGUGAUGCUAAGAUGCCAAAUUGGAAUACAUUCAAAAGCAUAUCAAAGGCAUUGGAACAGACGCAGAAAAUCUGCACGAGUGCUGCAGAUAAAGGUCCGCUUUGGUGGCUUUCAUCUGAACCAAUAAUUUGGAAUACGAUAUCGGCACUGAGCAGGACGAAAGAAAAAGAUGAACGGUGGGCAGGUGAUGUACUUUCUCUUGCACAAGUGGUCCUCCAGGCUGGCCUUCAGGAAGGAGAAGAGAAACAUACGAGAAAUGCCGUUCUUAACCUGAAAAACAUGGACUCACCUCUUAUCUCUUCAAGUUCUAAAGCCCGUCUCGUAGAGAUCGGCGCUGCAUUAGAUCCUUCAGUUGAAAGCGCAAAAGAAGGCAGAUUCGUUGACGAGAAGCACAACAUCUUUACCCGAAUUGAAUCAGCAUAUAAAAGCUUUGAAACGUGGGCGACUUGGGAAACCCUACGUUGGAUCAUAUUCGAGCAGAUAAUAUGGGACAAAAUCCAUCUCUUAGCAGAUCAAUCAUGUAAUUCUGAAAACAGCAUGCGAGAUGAUUGGCAAGGGAAGCUCAAAAGACGCGCAUGGGCAAGUAGCGUUCUCCAGAGUGCACAGCGUUUCUGCUCUUCCGACGAAAUGGCCACCGUAUCUCCAGGACAUAAGUCGAGGGCAGCGGUCAGCUUGCUUCGGCUCAGCCAUUGGAAUAAUGUGUCCUACGAUGACAGUCGGAAGUUGAUCGAAAUUGCACUGACCAAAUUCGGAGGAACAGAUCAGCUCGUAAAUGAGCUCUUGAUACGCCCCGAGGCCAUCAAAGAUAUCAUUCCAUCACCAAUCUCUGAGGGUGGUUCUGCCGUUAUUUACCGAGGGACGUGUCGGAUUUAUGGUGAGACCAAGACGGUGACUGUCAAGAAAUUCCAGUCUCGUUGGGACGAGAAAUUUGCGUUCGAAACGUGGACCUGGCGCGAAAUGUGGCGUACUGGAUCAGAUUACAUCGUUCCGUUCUUUGGUGCAGUUGAUAUUAAGACCAAGCCGGAAUGGGCGCAACAAAUGCUUGACUCGCAGUCAGGUGGAUCGUCUCCAUUGGGGGCAUCUGAAAUUUGGCUUGUCAGCGAGUGGAUGCCUCACGGUACUCUUUUGAAAUACAUUUCAGAAGAGUCUAUAGAUACCCACGGGAAAGCCCUGCUGGUAUCCCAAGUAGCGAGUGCAAUUACUUGGAUACAUGCGCAUGGUGUCGCACACGGAGACAUUAAAGCUGAAAACAUACUUGUUGAUGCGAAGAAAAAGGCUCGCCUUGCGGACUUCGGGAUUUCCUCGUUCAUUGAUAACGAAUACUAUUGCUAUAGUGGAGAAGACCACGGUUCAGCUGUUGGCACUACCAGAUGGAUGGCGCCAGAACGGCUGAUUCCCGAGGAUUUUCAUCUAGCAAGCGCCCGCCCAACACCUGAGAGCGACGUAUAUUCAUUUGCUAUGCUCAUAUGCCAACUGUACACAGGACUGCCCCCUCUACCCAACAUUCCGAAUGAUUUCGCUUUUGUGAAUCGGAUAGUGCGUCGAAAGCAACGUCCUAGCCGGCCGCCAGAAAUCUCAGAUGAAUUGUGGGCCGUGGUGAUGCGGUGCUGGUCUCAUGAACCAGGUGAUAGGCCAACAAUGGAGAGCUUGAAUAGUGAAAUUAAAAGAAUUAUACGGGGGAAAAGCGCAGCUGUCCGUCCGGGGUGAGGGCGGCCACAAAGUUGCAUUGUAAGGACCAGAAGAGUCUCCUUAUUUUCAUACUUUGGUACAAUGGCAUAUUCGCAAGCAGUUUUCCACGGGAAUUGAU